UUUGAGGAUCCCUGCUCUAGAGUGUCUGUUUUCAGAGUUUCUGCAGGUCUGAGGAAGGUGCUGAUGGGCAUGUUCCCUCAGGUGGAGGAGGACAUCAGUGUGUUUCCUCUGAUGGACGAGGAGCAGAUGGACUAUGAGCUGGUGAAGGCCUUCAUGGCGGAGGUGCGUCAGUAUCUGCGCGACCUGAACCUCAUCAUCAAGGUGUUCCGCGAGCCCUUCACCUCCAACACCAUGCUGUUCUCCCCUCACGACGUGGAGAACAUCUUCAGCCGGAUCGUGGACAUCCAUGAGGUGACGGUGAAGCUGCUGGGGCUGAUCGAGGACACGGUGGAGAUGACGGACGAGGGCAGUCCUCACCCGCUCGUGGGCAGCUGCUUCGAGGACCUCGCUGAGGAGCUGGCCUUUGACCCCUACGAGACGUACGCACAGGAUAUCCUGCGCAGCGGCUUCCGCGAUCACUUCCUGAGUCAGCUGUCCAAACCCGGAGCGGCCAUCUACCUGCAGUCCAUCUGUGACGGCUUCAAAGAGGCGCUGCAGUACGUGUUACCGCGGUUACUCCUCACGCCGCUCUACCACUGUCUGCAUCACUUCGAGAUUCUAAAGCAACUGGAGGAGAAGAGUGAGGAUGAGGAGGAUAAAGAGUGCUUGAAACAAGCCAUUACAGCCCUACUGAACCUGCAGAGCAGCAUGGAGAGAAUCUGCUCCAAGAGCCUCGCCAAGAGACGCCUCAGCGAGUCGGCGUGCCGCUUCUACAGCCAGCAGAUGAAGGGCAAACAUCUGGUCAUCAAGAAGAUGAAUGAGAUCCAGAGGAACAUCGACGGCUGGGAGGGCAAAGACAUCGGCCAGUGCUGCAACGAGUUCAUCAUGGAGGGGACGCUCACGCGGGUCGGCGCCAAACACGAGCGCCACAUCUUCCUGUUCGAUGGCCUCAUGAUCUGCUGCAAGUCCAACCACGGCCAGCCGCGUCUGCCGGGAGCCAGCGCCGCCGAGUACCGGCUCAAAGAGAAGUUCUUCAUGAGGAAGGUCCAGAUCAAUGACAAGGACGAUAAGGAGGGCGAGUACCGGCACGCCUUCGAGAUCAUCCUGAAGGAUGGGAACAGCGUGGUGUUUGCUGCUAAAUCUGCGGAGGAGAAGAACGGCUGGAUGGCGGCGCUGAUCUCGCUGCAGUACCGCUCCACGCUGGAGCGCAUGCUGGACACGGCCAUGCUGCAGGAGGAGAAGGAGGAGCAGAUGAGGCUCCCCGGGGCCGAGGUGUACCGCUUCGCCCAGCCCGACUCUGAGGAGAACGUCGUGUUCGAGGAGAACGUCCAGUCCAAAUCCGGCAUUCCCAUCAUCAAAGCCGGAACGGUGCUGAAGCUCAUCGAGCGGCUGACCUUCCACAUGUACGCUGAUCCCAAUUUCGUCAGGACGUUUUUGACCACGUACCGAUCAUUCUGUAAACCUCAGGAGCUGCUGGAUCUGCUCAUGGAGAGGUUUGAUAUUCCCGAACCUAAACCCAUAGAAGCGGAUCAGAUGGCCAUGGAGAACGGAGACCAGCCGCUGAGCGCAGAACUCAAACGCUUCCGCAAAGAGUUUGUUCAGCCUGUACAGCUCAGGUACACACACACGCACACUCACGCUCACACUCACACCCACACUCAUAGGGCGGUUCAGCCGUCAGAGCUGGUGGGCAGCGUUUGGACUAAAGAAGACAAAGAGAUCAACUCCCCGAACCUGCUGCGAAUGAUCCGCCACACCACCAACCUCACGCUGUGGUUCGAGAAGUGCAUCGUAGAAACGGAGAACGUGGAGGAGCGCGUGUCCAUCAUAUCGCGCAUCAUCGAGAUCCUGCAGGUCUUUCAGGAGCUCAAUAACUUCAAUGGCGUUCUGGAGGUGGUGAGCGCCAUGAACUCGUCGCCCGUCUAUAGACUCGACCACACCUUCGAGCAAAUCCCGAGCAGACAGAGGAAGAUUCUGGAGGAGGCUCAUGAACUCAGUGAAGAUCAUUAUAAAAAAUAUCUGGCUAAACUCAGGUCCAUCAACCCCCCCUGUGUGCCCUUCUUUGGGAUUUAUUUAACAAACAUUCUGAAAACUGAGGAGGGAAAUCCAGACUUCCUGAAGAGACACGGCAAGUUACAUUUUGGUUUCCUCUCACAGCCGAAGAAGUACAGCUGUCCUCUGAAGUCUCCGGGGGUUCGCCCGUCCACCGUCCGCCCGGGAACCAUGCGGCACCUGACGCCGCUGCAGAACGAGCCCCGGAAGAUCAGCUACAGCCGCAUCCCAGACAGCGAGACGGAGAGCAGCAUCGCUUCAGCGCCCAACUCGCCCUGCACACCGCUGACACCUCCACCAGCCUCCACUGCAUCCAGCUCCACCGAGAUCUGCAGCAUCUUCGACUCUCCACAGCCACCCUCCAGCCCCUUCCACUCCAGAUCUUCUUCAGUGUCAUCGAUGAUGAGUUUCCUGCAGAACGACGAGCCUCCCGUUCCUCCGCCCAUCCCGCCGCGCCGCCGGCCCGAAUCCGCCCCCGCCGAGUCCUCGCCCUCAAAGAUGAUGUCGAAGCACCUGGACAGUCCUCCGGCGAUCCCGCCGCAUCAGCCCACCUCCCAGGUGUACUCGCCCCGUUACUCGCUGACGGAGCCGCCCGAGAGCCCGCCCACCCUGCCGCCGCGGGAGCCGGUGCAAACACCAGACGUCUUCUGCAGCUCCCCGCUGCACCUGCAGCCACCUCCGCCGGGCCGCCGCUCCGAGCCCAGCCAGGCCUUCUUCCCGCCGCAGACGCCCUCGCCGCUGGGCCCGCGUAAACACCCGCCCUCCUCCCCGCUGCCACCCGCUCUGGACUGUGAGCCGCCGCUGGGAGUCUCCGGGCCGCCCGUCCCGCCGCACCACAGCACCUCACAGUCACCCAUCCCCAAACUCCCUCCCAAGACCUACAAGAGAGAGUCGGUCCACCGCGACGGGCCACCGCUGCUGGAGAACGCAAACCCAUCAUAACCUACACGAAAGCAACAUGUGCCCUUAAAGAGAAAAAGAGAAAAUUAGGAUUCUGUUCGUUUCCUCUCCCUCGAGCUGCUCCAAACCUGUACGAGUGUCUUUCUUCUGUUGAGCACAAAACAUAUUUUAA